CAGAGAUCGAAUUCUGUGAAACCCCUCACACUCUAUGUUCCGGCUACCAGACAGACAUGCACAGUGUUGCUCGGCAUGGCUACCAGCUAGAGAUGGGAUCUGAUGCAGACACAGAGACAGAAGGUGCUGCCUCACCUGACCAUGCCCUGAGAAUGUGGAUAAGAGGAAUGAAGUCAGAACACAGUUCUUGUCUGUCCAGCCGGGCCAACUCUGCAUUAUCCUUGACUGACACUGACCAUGAACGGAAGUCUGAUGGGGAAAAUGGUUUUAAAUUCUCUCCUGUUUGUUGUGACAUGGAGGCUCCAGCUGGCUCUACUCAAGAACGAGAAAGUGGGGAAGUCAAGGAAGAUGAAGUUCUUGAGUCUGCUCUGGUUGCUAAUGGUAAUGAAUCGCUGAAUGCAUCUGUUCCUUGUAUUCCUGUGGCAUCCCAGGAGGAGAAGAAAAUAAAAUAUAAAACUUCAAGGAAGUUAAACAACAACACAAAACACACACAUACUAAAGAAGAUAGACAUCUCAGUGAACGGUCCUACAAGCAUCAAAUGGAG